AUGCGGGAGCAUGCCGAUACCUCCAUAUCUGCCGUCGCUGUGGAUCUCCAGCCCACACGUCGCACGACUGCUCGGGUACAGCUCGCUCGUGAACGUUUGAGUGACACAGGCCUGUGGGCAUGGCAGCCCAAAUACAAGAGGGGGUUCGUGUGGGAUGACACAGACAAUGUGGUAGCUGGUGGUCGGGUUACGUCCGUCGCCGCAACUGAAACGGCACCUCCCCUGUCAGGAGUACCGGAGAAUGAGCUCACAAAUGAGUGGGCACUAAGAACGAUCGCCAGCCAUGCAUACCUCUUCCGCAUUGUAACUCCUGUCAAUGUUGACCUGUUUGAAGAACUGCUUGCAACCCAUCCGAAUCAACCCUUCGUCGAGUCAGUCGUACACGGUUUCCGUAACGGUUUCUGGCCUGCGGCCAACACAAAUGACACCUCCCUACCAUCAACGUGGGACAAUGCACACCGACCACUACGUGAUCCCCGACACGUUCAAUUCCUAGCUGAAUAUCGCGACAAGGAAGUGGAGAGUGGACGCUGGUCUAUGGCUUUUGGCACCGAGCUGAUGGACGGCAUGUACAGCAUGCCAAUUGGGGUUGUCCCGAAGGGUAAGAACUCCUUCCGACUGGUCAACGACGACAGUGCGGGAGAGUUUUCCGUGAACGCGAUGAUACCAAGGGUUCGCCCUUCGAUCCCUAUGGAUAAUGUUAUAGACCUGGGUGCAAUACUGCGA